CUGCGGCCACUGAGGCGGCGGCGGCGGCUGGCCCGGGCGGAAGAAGUCGAGCCCAAGGUAUUUCCGGUUCCGGUGUCAGUUCGAGGCGCCGCCGCCGCCGCCGCAGCCGCCGGAGCCGCGAUGCCUAAAGGAAGAAAGGGAGGCCACAAAGGCCGGGCGAGGCAGUAUACAAGCCCUGAGGAGAUCGACGCGCAGCUGCAGGCUGAGAAGCAGAAGGCCAGGGAAGAAGAGGAGCAAAAAGAAGGUGGAGAUGGGGCUGCAGGUGACCCCAAAAAGGAGAAGAAAUCUCUAGACUCAGAUGAGAGUGAGGAUGAAGAAGAUGACUACCAGCAAAAGCGCAAAGGCGUUGAAGGGCUCAUCGACAUCGAGAACCCCAACCGGGUGGCACAGACAACCAAAAAGGUCACACAACUGGAUCUGGACGGGCCAAAGGAGCUUUCGAGGAGAGAACGAGAAGAGAUUGAGAAGCAGAAGGCAAAAGAGCGUUACAUGAAAAUGCACUUGGCCGGGAAGACAGAGCAAGCCAAGGCUGACCUGGCCCGGCUGGCCAUCAUCCGGAAACAGCGGGAGGAGGCUGCCCGGAAGAAGGAAGAGGAAAGGAAAGGUAAGGGCUGGGCUGCGCAUGCAGGGACAGGCCCCAACUCUGGUCCUGGGCCAGCCACAAAGCACUGAACUCGUGUCCCUGUCCGCAAGGUGACAAUGAGGUGAGGAGUGACUGCUGCCUAGGAGGUCAUUCAGGAGAGGCCCACCCUCCCUGUGCCUGCCCCUCCCCGGGGGACUAGGAGGGUCCAGCGACAUCAUGGGGUCAGAUGUAGGUUGAAGUCUCAGCAGAGCACCAUCCACAGUAGGUGGACAGUCACUCCUGCUCCGAACAGCGGGAGGUCACAGGAAACCAUGCCCCUAGUACAGACCUUGCCUGAGGCUCACAGGUCCCACCAAGGUCUCUGGUGCCUUGGGAACCCAGGAGAGCUGCCUGAGGUCACCGCUGUCCCUCUGCAGGGCUUGAGAGGGUGAGCUGGAUACACAGCAGUGCAGACUGGCUUGACAUCCAGCCCAGGCACCCCUUUUCCUGUGCUCUCCCUCCAGGCAGGCCAGAGGUGGUGGAGGUUCCUCUAGGCCAGAGUGGCUAUGGGAGUUGGUCCAGUUUAUAGGCGCAUUCGACUUGCAACCUUCCAUCUCCCGGGGGUCUGGGAGAGCCCCUACAUGUCCAUCUGUCCUGCCUCCUCACCAGACCAUGAGGAAGCAGGCCUGGAAAGGGGAAACCAGUUGCUCAGGGACAUUGUCACCCGCACCAGAAAUCCAGUGAUCCCAACUUCCCAUUCAACCCUGCUUCACAAACCCCAAGCAGGAAAGGACUUCACAUGUAACUGUUGGAAUGUUUAGAUUUUAGACUUCAGAACCCGUGGAGGGAGGUUAGAAUUACAGGGUUCUGCUGGGAGGUGAGGUGAGAAGUUUCCAUUUGCCCACAGGAGUGUGUGUUGGUGGGGCUUUGUGGAGGGAACAGCUUUCUAUAAGGUGGUCUGGCCACUGAAGCAUGUCGGGAAUGUUGGGGGGCCGGGGUUAUAGCUGCAGCAGAAAUCCUCUCCCACGCCUCGGCUCUUCUCUGUUGCACAGAAUGUUUUCUGCAGCCUUUCAGACCUAAAGUUCUAGGGUUCUGGCACGUGUGUUGGGAGGGGGUGGGGGGGUUGCUUUGUUUUAACCCCUGCCCUUCUCCUCCCACCUCUCAGCAAAAGACGAUGCCACAUUGUCAGGAAAACGAAUGCAAUCGCUCUCCCUGAAUAAGUAACCACGACCCGUGGGAGGAGAUGCCGGGGACCUGGGCCGCGCUGCCAGGACCUCUGCUGUGUCUCGCCCACCCUGUGCCCUGGCGCCGCUGCAACAGCCCCUCACGGCCAGAAGCCCCCCAUGGCCUGGGGCCUCCUCUUCAUCUUGGCACAGAAAUUGUUUGGGGGAUGUUGGGGGGGACUGGGGGAGGGGCAGCUGCUAUCUUUGAGACAGAAAGAUGCAGGACAGCAUUUCAUAUGUAACCAUUUGAAUGUUUUCGCUGUUUUUAGAAUUCAGAGCCCUUGCUGGGGGGUGCCUUGGAGAUGGGGUAAGAAGAGCUUUCAUUUGUCUGGUAGAUAGCAUGUAAGGGGUGGUUGUCCCAGGAGGCAGCUGCUGACAGGUUUGCUACACCCAGCCCCGGACUGUGUUGCCUGGGUGCUCAUUCAGACAGGGGCUGUCAUCUAGGAGCCUGUGCCCCUGGGUCCUCGAGGGUCAUGGCUUGUCCCUGGUCAGUCCUGUCUGAUCGAGGCCUCGCCUCUCCGCCCUUCCCUGCUCGGCUCCUACCCACCUGGCUAGGGCCAGUGCGUAUUUUUAACCCUACCCAUUGAUCAUUUCAAGAAACCUCUGUUUACUGUGUGGCACCCAGGCAAAACAUGCCCCACAAAUUCAACUUGUAUAUUUGGCACAUUAAACUUGACAUUAUCGUAA